CUGUCACAUGAGCCUUCACAUUUGCGAAGCGGCGGCCACCGCAGCGUCUGAGUGCGUUUACUCCACCGCACCGCACACGCACUCCGGACGCCGCCAGGUUGCAGACGCUGCCAGGGCGCAGCUUCCAACGAGGCGAUCCGCUGAACUGCACCGACACCCCCAUUGUGCGGCUGGCAGCAUCACCCGCUGCCUGCAAUGGCGCUGUAGCGGCUCCGGUGUGUCCGAACGCUCCCGAAGCGGCGACUCUGUCCCUCGGACUGUUUACUAACGUGGGAGUGCGAUGUUAUUGUUCGAUAGAGGGGUUGUUGUUGUGUUUGCAGAGAGCAUCCUCACCCCCCCUCCCGCUCAACACCGUGGAUUACUGUUUAUUUACAUCACGGAGCCGGAGCCAUGGAUGUGUGAAUUGGCCUAAAGGAACAACAAUAUCAACUUUGUCAGAUAAAGCAGCGCUGCAGUAGGUCAAACUAAACCCCUCACUACUAUGUUCUAAUGAGGCCACGGCGAUGCUGACAUCUCCUUGGAAUCCAAAGACCUCAUCAUGCUGAAGACGGAGGCUUCAGGGGAGAGGACCUGUCUCCGGAGUGCCUCCCCCCACCGUAAUGCCUACCGAGCAGAGUUUCAGGCACUCAAGAAGGCCUUUGACCAGCCACGGAUUGAUGGAAACUCAAAGCCCAAAGACCUGGAAAGGGUGAAACAACCAAGGGGUCGCCAAUAUGGCUCCCAUGUCAGCCGCAUCAAGGACAUGUUCAUGCAGAUGGGCACAGAAAGUACGCCAGCAAAGACAAAGGGUCAAGAGGAUUCUUCGCCACAAAAGCUGGUAAAGCCCACCAACUUCAUCAACAAGGCUGAUGGAUCUGUCAUAAAACUCCAGCAUUCCACAUCGACUGAUAGGAUUGGAAGUGCCGGAGCAAGGUUCUCAGAAACCAGGAAGCUGUUUGAGCAGCAGUCCCGUGACCAGUCUCAAUCACCAGUCUUUCCCUAUGGACGUGAUAAAAGAGGUUCCCAUGAGAAUCUUGAUGAUUGGCGAGGGGCAAGGUCCAACCGAGGCAGUACAGAUUCUUUGGAUUCACUUUGCUCCAGAGCAGAGGCAUCGUCACCGACUGUCAGUCAACUCAGUGCUGUUUUUGAAAAUGCUGACCACCAUAAUCAGGGUGUGCCCCACAGAGGAGUCAGCAGACGAGCCCUCUACUCUCCAGAUGGAUUCCAACGCCAUGGAGGAGAUCUCAGUGAGGAUGAUUCACGACAGUCUCCUGUUCGUGGUAACUAUCGGAGCAGGAUAGGGGGAAAGUUUCCUACAUCGUUGUCCUCUGAGGACCUCCUCAGUCCCAGUCCUGGAGUAGAGACAGCAGCGCUGAAACCUGUUCUCAAAGAGGAGGAGUGUCAAGAGAAAGCAGAAAAGGUUGCAAGUACAGGUGGAGAUAAACAGCGCCUUUCUGGGGCCACCACCAAUGGAAGUCAAGUCAAUGGUUCCUGUGAAGAAGAAGAGAAAUCAUCAGAAACAAGAACACAUUCUGAGGAUCUAGGGGUGUCCAAGGCUUCAGAAUAUACAGAUGAUGCUGUGAUUACCAAACAACCAGCCACUCCAGAGCCCCUGCCAACUGCAAGAGCUGAAAGCCAGGUGGAUGGAGAUGGUUCAGUAGAAGACAAGCCCUCUGACUCUCUCAAUAAUCAAGUGGAAGAACCAGAUGAGGAAUACACUGGCCACGAGCGGGUGAUUUUUAAUGCAGACGGGGACGCUUGUUACCAGGGAUGGGGUGAAAGCUGUACGGAUCCUGAGGAUGACCUCUAUGGAGACGACGAGGAUAUUGUCUACGACCCGGGCUCUGAUCUGACAGAGAUUCCUGGUCUGCCAGAGGAGAACAAAGAGGACAUCCCUCCAAAGAGAAAGAUUUGCUUCAGCACUGCUUCCAUUACAGUGUUCAACACUUACUCCAAUGAGGACUACGACCGGCGUAAUGAGGAGGUGGAUCCUGUGGCGUCCUCCGCUGAGUACGAGCUGGAGAAGAGGGUGGAGAAACUGGAACUCUUCCCUGUGGAGCUGGAGAAAGAUGAGGACGGCCUGGGCAUCAGUAUCAUCGGAAUGGGCGUGGGUGCUGAUGCAGGCCUGGAGAAACUGGGCAUCUUUGUCAAGACCGUCAUCGAGGGCGGAGCUGCUGAGAGAGACGGCAGGAUAAAGGUGAAUGACCAGAUAGUGGAGGUGGACGGGACCAGUCUGGUGGGCGUCACCCAGAGCUUCGCCGCCUCCGUCCUCAGGAACACUUCAGGAGUGCAAACGGGAGAGUACGCCACAGACGAUGAGGACACGGGGACAGCGGUGGCAGGCGGAGAGAAGAGCAUCGAGGUCUUUGAUUUGCCAGAGACAGAAGACAUCUUGUCUCCGUCGGAGUUAGACGCCAAUAAACUCUACCAGAAGUUCAGAGAGCUCCAGAUCAAACACACAGUGACCGAGGCCGAGAUCCAGAAGCUGAAAAACAAGCUGGCGUCAGUGGAGAGAGAAAAGCAGCGCUGGGAGAAGGAGAAGAGUCAGCUGAAGGCCAGCAUCGACGAGAACAAGGAGAGGAUGCUGAAACUGGAGAGCUACUGGAUCGAGGCGCAGACCCUCUGCCACACCGUCAACGAGCACCUGAAGGAGGCGCAGGCCCAGUACCAAGCUCUGGAGAAGAAGUACAACAAAGCCAAGAAACUCAUCAAAGACUUCCAGCAGAAGGAGGUGGAGCUUAUCCAAAAGGAGGAUACAGAGAGGAGGCGGCUGGAGGAGGCUGAGAAAGCUCAUCUGGCUGAGAUCCAGGGGCUGCAAGUGAGGAUUGCAACAUUAGAGUCGGAGCUGAUGCAGCUGAUGAAGCAGAACGGCAUCCAGGUCAACAACAACAACAGCAACAGUGCAGAGAGGCUCAACGCGCAGCAACACAGCCCCGUGCGAGCUGCAGCACAACUCAGAGGUUCUCGGUCUCCUGCCUUGUCGAGCCCAUCUCACAGUCUGGACAGACAAGCUCUGGACCCUGGUUCCACAGAGCCAUCAGUCGAGGACAGUCCAGAGAAACUCAAGGUCAAGGGACCCACUUUGAAUGAUGAUCUGAGCGUCAGCAGCAGUAGCUCGGUGGAGAUCAGCGGUCUGCUGGGUGAAGCCAAGAUGUCAGGACGCUCGCACACACUGGGGCUGUCCUCAGACGAGAGUCUGGAUAUGAUAGAUGAUGAGAUCCUGGACGAGGGACAGUUGUCGAAGCAGUAUCAGUGGCAGAGCCGCAGUAUUACAGAGUGGACUUCCCAGCAAGUGGCCCGCUGGCUCUUGGGCCUCAACUUAGAACACCAUAUCCCAGAAUUCACUGCCAAAAACAUAGACGGAGAACAGCUGCUACAGCUUGAUAGCACUGAGCUAAAGGCCCUUGGAGUCAGUUCUUCUCAGGACCGUGCCCUGAUCAAGAAAAAGAUCAAAGACCUUAAAGUUCUGAUGGAGAAGGCCAAGAGGAACCACGAUAAGCUGGAGAAACAACGCGAGAAGCUACGCAAGAGAGAGCUGGAGCAGCAGAAAGAGGCGCACAAAGAAUGUGCGGCAGAGUGAAGCGGGUCAUGAGCUUACCUUUACUGUAGCGCUGCAACCAGUAGCAUCAAGGAACAGAACGUCAGUCGGCCCUACAUAUGAACCCUGAGGGAUACCUGCUCAGGAGUUCAGUAGUGCUGGAGCUCCACCACAAAAUGUCAGAUUGUGAAGUGACUUCAUCACCGAGCAAUUUAAACCAAAAUGAACAGUUGGAUAAUAGGAUGCUGCCCCUCCUUUCCUUCACCCAUCCUGUGUGUUUAGACAUUUAAGAAUUCACUCUGUUCUAUUUAUUUUGCUAUUUAUGGCUUGUAAAUUGGGUUUAUUUAUCGCAUCCAGAGUGAGUCUGUGUUAAGUCUGUUUCAUCCACAUCGCUAAUCGUUCUCUGGGCCAUCAUAGCACCUGUAGACACAGCGACCGUGUACAUAUACAAUGACGUAUACAGAUAAAAAUCUGUCUGAUGUGCCAUUUUGAUAGACUUGUGUAUAUACUGUUCAGAUACAUCAAAUCUAUUGCUUUGAAGCACACACGUCAGUGUGUGUUCAUGGAAUAUAUGAGGCAGUUCUCAUCUCCCACCACCAGGUGUCCACAUGCUGCUUGCUGUCACUUCUGACAAAGAUGACACUAGAACUUUCCAACAAGAACUGAACUAGAAACUGGAAAAAGUCUCUCAGUAUGUACGAGAACACUGGAGGUGCAAACACUGUAAAUGCAAACCACUGCACUAGCUUGUCCAGUGCUCCUUACAGUAUACAUGUACCAUAACUAAAGCAGUUCUCUAUGUAAAAAUGGCAACAACAUGCUGUACUCAUUGGACUGGUUCUAAUGGAGACUUCAGGUACAAAGUAAUCAUGAAAUUUGUAACUUACCAAACCCGAACCAUAAAACAAAAGAAAAAGACGAGAAAAAGAAUCUUCCUGCUUAUAUGCGUAAUGUUGCUUUGACUCUGCUUGUAACCUGCUUCUGACCACUUUUUAUAUCCUCUCAAUAACAAAAAUAAUACCCCAUCGCUGCCUUUAGAAAUUCUAGAGAAGUAGAAUUGUCAGAAUUCUACCUGCUUCUGUGUGAGUGUUGAGACACAUACAGUAGAUUAAAUCCAUCUUCAAUUGUUAUUUUAUUCUUUCAGAAGAAUCGCAGGUCACGUUCACCGUGCAAAUGACUCUGGAAUAUUCUUAAUAAUAUUUAAGAAUGCUGCCAUACACGUGGUUUAUCUCUGUGACCAUUGGACGUGCGGAAAUUGUCUUAAACCUGAUACUUCUGAUGUUACACUGGAAAUUGCACCUGACAGAUGCAAUAUAGUUUAAUUUUCUUAUGAAACCACUUCAGUAAGACUUAAAACACUGUUUGAUUUUUCUAGUUAGAUGAAAAAUAUACCUUUUUGAAAUUGAUUUUGACCUGUGUACUUUAUGCAGCUCUUGUUUUUGAUUAUCACCGAGAGACGUGUUCCCUGUGUUACUUCUAUAUCAUUCCCAGGAAUCAUUAGAUUUACAGUAAUUAUUGAGAGGCCAGUGUCACCGUGAUGAGACAUGAAGGCAGCUCUGAGUUUUGCUCCCUUCUGUCUGUAAGGGCCCUGCCUGGUGAACUGUUAACAGGUUAAGAACAUGAAGAAGAGUUUGGGUUACAGAUCUGUUAAUUUAUUUAUUUCUGUAUUUAACAAAGCAACUGACUAUUGUUUAUGAUAACUUAUACAAAAUAAGAGUAUUAUUAACACCUAAUAAUGAUUUAUCCAGAAUUGUAUGAUUACUUCCUUUUUUGCCAAAACCUAAUUAAAGCUGUUCAUUAGAAAUGUCUUAGAUUUAAAUGGUUGUUAUCGAACGAAAGCAAGAAGCAAGAAGAAACAGUGAUUCUCUCCCAUUGUGCUUGUGGUUUUUCCUCUAAUACAACCAUAGUGCUGCUACAGUACUACUCCCAAUAAACUGCUCACGGUGUAUUCUUAUGAAAUAUUUUGUAACACUUGAACCUCUCUGUGAAUACCCCCCUCACUCCUUUUUGACUCUUUUGUAUGUAUAGUAAAAACACAGAGCAAUAUGCUGUAAGAAUCCUAAAGACGCCUUGUUUUCUAUCGUGUCAGUGUGCGUACGCCGUUUGUCGAGGGCUGAGGAGGCAUGAAAGCUCAGACCUGAGCCCAUGUGUGUUCCAAAUCUUUUUCUUUACGUGCUUGAACCGAGCUAGUCUGGCAUGAUGAAACCCAACGUGUGGACGAGACCCUGGUGCUCCUCGCAGCGUUUUCAGCCAUGAUGCCUGGAAGGGUUUUUGUCUUCACGUGCGUAGAGAGCAAGCGAUAAUCAGACUGCUAUAGCCAUGCUGACUCUCCUCCUCCUCCUUUAUUUGUCAUUACCUUGAUCUCUCUUUUUUUUCCUCAUUCUGAAAAGUUUGAAAGGGCAGCUACCUGUCACACUAAAUAAA